AUGGCUCCUACUGCUUUGGAACGUGAGGAUAAGUCGCGCGAUGCUGCUUUCAACAAGGCUCUUCACGGAAAGUCCGCCAAGGCCACCGGUGGUCUGACUGCCAUGCGUGGCAAGGACGCCGCUGCGCAAAAGGCCGCCAUCGACGAGUACUUCAAGCACUGGGACAACAAGGACUACGCUGAUGAGACUGAUGCCGAUCGUGAGGCUCGGAGAUCCGAAUACGCUACCCUGACCCGACACUACUACAAUCUUGCCACCGACUUCUACGAGUAUGGCUGGGGUUCUUCCUUCCACUUCUGCCGCUUCGCCUACGGUGAGCCCUUCCGUCAGGCUAUCGCCCGUCACGAGCACUACCUCGCCAUGCAGACAGGUAUCACCGAGGGUAUGAAGGUUCUCGAUGUUGGCUGUGGUGUUGGUGGUCCCGCUCGUGAGAUUGUUAAGUUCACUGGUGCCCACGUCACCGGUCUGAACAACAACGACUACCAGAUUGACCGCGCAACCCACUACGCUGAGAAGCAGGGUCUGUCCGACAAGAUGGCUUUCGUCAAGGGCGACUUCAUGCAGAUGAGCUUCCCUGACAACAGCUUCGAUGCUGUGUACGCCAUUGAGGCUACCGUCCACGCUCCCGAGCUCGUCGGAGUCUACUCUGAGAUCUUCCGUGUCCUCAAGCCCGGUGGUACCUUCGGUGUCUACGAGUGGCUCAUGACUGACGACUAUAACAACGAUGACCCCGAGCACCGUCGCAUCCGUCUCGGUAUCGAGCAGGGUGACGGUAUCUCCAACAUGGUUCGCAUAUCCGAGGGUGUGCAGGCCAUGAAGGAUGCUGGCUUCGAGCUCCAACACCAUGAGGAUCUUGCUCAGCGUCCUGACGCCACUCCCUGGUACUACCCGCUGGCGGGAUCUUUCAAGCACAUGGGUUCCGUCUGGGACUUCUUCACCAUUGCCCGCAUGACCUGGUGGGGCCGUGGUCUCGCCCACCGCUUCGUCGGUGCCGGUGAAAGCAUCCGCCUCUUCCCCAAGGGCUCCCAGAAGACCGCCGACAGCCUGGCUCUUGCUGCUGACUGCCUGGUCGAGGGUGCUCAGAAGAACCUCUUCACUCCCAUGUACCUGAUGGUCGGCAAGAAGCCCGAGUAA